UCCGGCAGCCAAUAGGUGGAGAGUAUUGACAGCCAGGCAACCAAUAGGGUGCGGUCUGCACCGCGUGACUGUUUACGGACACGUGACCAGGGGUGUGUGACCGUUGCUGCUGGUGCCUCAGGCCUGUUUGAGUGCUGCUUCUCUCCGUGGCUCCUAUUGUAAGUGUGUGAGCCUCCUCCCCCGUUCCAGUGUGUGAAUGAGGCCUCACAGCAGUAACAUGAUUUCAGUGACGGUGAAAACCGAAAAAGCAGAUCUUGAGGCUUCGACAGCUCGUAAUCGUUUAGAUGCCGUUCUGCAGUGUCUGGUUGAGAAGAGUGACAUUGAGCGAGACCAUGCUGAUGAUGAGAUUGUGAAGCCUGUGCUUUCCGAUCUACAGAGCAAAGACUCCUCACCAGCAGCAGCAGGGAAAAGGCCAUCGACCCGGUUCCCACAUCAAAGACGCAAGAAGAGGAAGGAAACUGAGGAUGCUGCUUACGAGGGAGUUCACCAGAGGCCAAAUGCCUAUACCAUGAAGCUGUUUGACCGGAGCGUUGAUCUGGCUCAGUUUAAUGAGAACACCCCUCUGUACCCCAUCUGCCGAUCCUGGAUGAGGAACAAGCCCAGUCUCCGUGAGGGAACUCGCAGCCCAACCCCCCAGCCACCAGUCGCACUCGAGGAUGAGGAGGUUGCUGAGGUGAUGAAUGGAAAGGGUCAGGAUAUUUACAAACUGCCAGUGCCAACUCCCUGCUCACUGAUCAAUCUCCGUGUUCCUUCACCACUGCCUCCCACUGAGAAACACCUUGAUAUCAGCAUGAGUCGCAGUAAUGUCCCUGGGGUGCCCACGUUGCUGUACAAUCACAUGGAUCGCUGGAAGAAGAUUCGACAGAGGUGGAGAGAGGCGUCUCACAGGAACCAGUAUCGUUACAGAGACAGCAUGAAGAUCCUGAAGGAGAUGUUUGAGCGUCAGUGAGUGCUCCCUGAGAUGUGGAUCCGGAUAGCCCCAGUCCCUGUCCGGGAUCAUACCCACCGCCGUUCCAUGACCAGUUUAUUGUAGAUGGUCGUGUCUUUGUUUCCCUUCAUCUCCCCAGUUCGACCAACAGGGCCCUGGGGCCCGCUGUGUUUCCUACUGGGCCCAGACUGGAGAUGGCCAUGGUUGUUGUGGUUCUGUUCACCGAGCUGGGAGUUUGUGUUGCAGACCUUUAGUCCCCUGUCUAGGUGACAUCGUCAGUGCUUGGGAGCCUCCUGUGAAGCGCUUCUGUGAUGUUUCCUCCGGCAUUUAUAGUGGUUUGUAUCUGCAGCUUCCGGUUGUCAGUUGCUGUCCGCUGCAGUGGCCGGUAUAUUGGGUCCAGGUCAAUGUGUUUGUUAGAAUCUGUGGAUGAGUGCCAUGCCUCUAGGAAUUCCCUGGCUGUUCUCUGUUUGGCUUGUCCUAUAAUAGUAGUGUUGUCCCAGUUGAGCCCAUGUUGCCUGUUAUCUGCGUGGACGCAUAGGACUUAACAACACACAAACCAACAGCCACUCUCAGACAACAACUCACCAGGACAAAGGACCCGAUACCCAGCAUGAGCAAAACCAAUGUAGUGUACAAAACCCCACAUAGGACAAACGGGAAGACAGCUAACAGUCCGUAUCCAUGAACACCAACUAGCCACGAAACAACACGACCAGCUAUCCUUAGUAGCCACACACUCAGAUGACAAACAACAUGAGUC